CCCCCCGGCCUCCUGCGUCCCCCCCAGUACGUGGAGAACAACAAGAGCGCCGACAACGACUGGUUCCGCCUGGAGUCCAACAAGGAGGGCACGCGGUGGUUCGGGAAGUGCUGGUACAUCCACGACCUGCUCAAGUACGAGUUCGCCAUCGAGUUCGACAUCCCCGUGACGUAUCCGGGCACCGCUCCCGAAAUCGCCAUUCCGGAGCUGGACGGGAAGACGGCCAAGAUGUACAGAGGAGGGAAGAUCUGCCUGGACGAGCAUUUCCGGCCGCUGUGGGCCCGGAACGUGCCCAAGUUCGGCUUGGCGCAUCUCAUGGCGCUGGGGCUGGGCCCCUGGCUGGCCGUGGAGAUCCCCGACCUCAUCGCCAAGGGCCUCGUGCAGCACAAGGACAAGUGACGGCCGUGCCGGGGAGUGUCCGUGGAGGGGGCCGUUCCCACCCCGUGGAGGGGCCAUCCCCGUGUCC